AUGGGAAAUACCACUGCAGGACCCAUCCGCAAGUCCGCUAAUCCAAAGGCCUUCCAGGAACGUGCCUUUUGUUAUAACUGCUCCAAGAAAGGACACUUCGGCCAUGAAUGCUCUCAAAGAAGGAUGUACAACUGGUCCUAUCCAUCCCUGCCAAUUAUCACCUAUUAUGACACAGUGAAUGACAUCAAAUGCCGGGAGUUCCGACUGAAAAAGAAGGCCAGAGAAAUGCAGGACGCCGGACUGAUUUCUCCUGAUGGAGGCGUUGUAACAUUUACCCCUCAACCACCCAGAAAGAAACAAAAAAUCAGCUACAGUCCGCAUCCGUACCCAAACAACACAAAUAACCAGCACACACCGAAGAAACGCAUCGCACACACACCCAAACACAAUCCACAAACAAACCAACAAAACACAGACUGGAAGGUCAAGCAGAACUCCAAAAAACCAGGACCCCACGGCAAAAACACCCCUCAGAGCAAAGAGUUUAAAUCUCAAAAGAAAGAAGCCAAGAAAAAGAAAAAGAAAAGGUCUGCAUUUAUAGAUGAAGAUGCCGACUUUCCUAGAGGCUCCAAAAAGAGCCCUCACAAGGCAGGUUUUUAUUCGUCACCUCAGAAAGCCAACGUGAAGCCAGUGAAGCUGUUCGGAGUGGAGAACCACAUGAAGAAAAAAGACAAAUCGAAAAAGAAGGAGAGGAUACAGAGAAAGAGACAACAAAAAGCGGCUAAAGAUUCUGCCGCGUAUCCCACCGAUGAAAACCUCUUUCAGAUUAAACAAAGAAAGGUAAAAAGAAGUAAAUGACAUUGACCACACUUGUGUGAUAUCAGGUGAUUCUCAAGGUUGGUUUUGCCCUUUUUCCAUCCAAUUAGUUUCAUGGGCUGUAUUUUAUUACCUUUAUUUGGGUCGUUCUUUAAAAAAUGUGAAAAUAAAGCACAUUAGACGGUCUUGCCCAAAUACAGUCAAAGUGCUGUUGAAUAUUGUAGGAUCACACCAGAUUUUAGAGGAUUUGAAGAAAUAACACACACAAACACACACAUGCAUAGAUAAUUAAUUUACAGAACGAAUACAAAUUGAAAUAGUGAAUUGACUGUGUCGUGGACUAAACAAUCAUUAAUUGCUCAUUGCUUUGCUGCAUUAUACAAAGCUGUUCUUAUAUUAAACUGAUAUUAUUAAGCAUAAAGGAAUAGUUCACCCAAAAGCAAAAAUUUGCUGUUGGAUUAAUCACCUUCAGGACAUCCAAGAUGCAGAUGACUUGUUUUUGACACAAACAAAAUCUAAAGAAGUCUUUGAGCUGAUAAUGUGGUUCUUGGUGAUUAACAAAAUGCAGAUCAGUGACUACUGGCGCUUUUAAACAGUCAAUAACACAUUUUUUAGACAUGACAUAAAAGCAAUACCUGUAUUUCCAAAUGAUAUACUAUGAAGCGUCAAACUGAACAUUAUUUUCAACAUUAAAUGGUUAGUUCAGCUGAAAAUGUAAAUUUUGUUAUUAAUUAUUCACCUUCAUGUCUUUCCAGACCUCUGAGAGCUUCAUUCAUCUUCAGAACACAUGUUAAGAUAUUUUAGAUGAAAUCCAAGAGCUCUCUUUUCCUCUAUACAAAGCAAUGGUUCAGUCUAGAAAAGGAACCAAAAACACUUUCAAAACAUUCCAUGUGACUAGUGAUUCAUCUGUAAUAUAAAGCUCCAAAAACACUUUAAUGAGCCAAAAAAACCCUGUAAAAUCAUUUGUUUGGUGUCUUCUGCUUCAGAUUAGGGUGUUCAUUUACUACAGGAAAUACAAUGCAUAUACGCUGCUGCUGACUCUAAUGACAAUGUUGUAUUGGCCAUAGUAAAUGCGCACUUUAACCUGUCGCAAAAGAAAAGACAAAUGGCAAACAGGUUUUUUUUUUGGUGCGCAAAAGUGUGAUCUUCACAUGAUUAAUAAUUAUACAAAUGAAGUCACAUAAAAUGUUUUGACAAUGUUUUUUUUGUUCCCUUUCUGGUGCCUCUCAGGACCGUUGCCAUCUAUGGAUGAUGAGAAAGCUCUUAGAUUACCCUAAUUUAUGGUCUGAAGAUGAAUAAAUGUCUCAGGGGUUUAGAACAAUAUAAGCGUGAGGAAUUGAUAGCAGAAAUUUUAUUUUUGGGCAAACUAAUCUUUUAAACUCUUAAGUCUUCGGUAUAAUGACACGUGCCGAUGCAAACUCAAACUGUGUCAUUUUAUGAGACCUCAAUGUAUCAUCAGAAAUCUUGGAUUUUAAAUUAGUUUCAGCUACAGUAUAUAUGUGCUGUUAGCCAUUUACUUGCAGUAAUGGUUUCAGCUACAAAUCAUCAUUAGUCUUCUGAUCAGCAACAACAAAAAGUUUUCUAUAUAUUUGAUGGCCCAAUGGUGUGUAAAUUGAAAACAAAUUAUUUUUUAGGAUAAAUUAUAUCUAUACUUUCAAAAACUCAAUUUGUUAAGCGAAGCUUCAGGUAUUUUAUGAGCAGGUCCCCUGCUUGUACAUGAGUGUAUAAAGUUUUUUUAUUUUAUGUACAUGCUGUAACAUUAUGAUUAAAUUCAAGUCUGUGUGUUUUGA